AUGUGCGUUUGCUCAACUACUUCCAAACUUGGUGCGUAAAAGUACUCGUCGCACCCCCUCUGUGUCAACAGUUCAACAGUGUCGGCUAUCUGUAUCAUAGUUUGACUCAUAAUACUCAGCAGGGGCAGCAGUCAGGGCGGGGCCUGAGUAUAAAAUCUGUCUCACUUAUUCCGACCUCUGCUCAACAUUCCUGCCUCUCCUGUGCCAACACUCGCCUCGGCUGUGCACGGUAAGAAAUAACGGGACUUCUCUGCAUCUGGUCUGACUGCUGUGGCUCGGUUAGGACUUUCUUUUUAACUCACCUGCAGGUACAGAAGUUAGGGUGUGGUGGGAUUGUAAGAAUAAUGUCUUUCAUUUUUCAAGCAGUCAGAGACUUCCUGUUAUCAGUGAUGAAUGAUUGAUCAAAAAACGACUUUAUACUUUUAAGUAGAAGUUAUGUCUGCUACGUGUUUUCUGUCUUUACUCAACCUUUAAAAAGAAAAAGUAGUUUUGUGUCCAUAGCUUAUGAGUUGAAACUGAACUUUUGAACCCACACUGUCAUUUUUUCCAGUAACUCUUUCACUCAGCUAAAACUACAUUUCAUAAGUUUAUGCCACGUUAUAUUCCUAGACUUUCAAAGUAAAAGCAGCCGAAUCUUCAUUGUCAGGUAGGUAAACUAAAAUAGGGUGUGGUUAGUCUGAAAGCAUGCACGCACAUGUUUUCCAGCUGCUAUACUCCUCUUUCGCAUUUCCACCAUUUUGGUCAACUGCACUGAUGUUUCCCUCAUGUGUAGGAGUGUUUCAAUCCCACUUUCACUCAGAAAAAAAAGGAAAAAGAAAGAUCAAACCCUGCUCCUCCUCCCCACUCUUCAGUUUUUUAAAGUGUUGCAGCUGUACAGCAGCUUGAACAUAGUGUUCUGGUAUGAUGGUUUGGGUAUUUUAACAAAUACAGUAUGUGCAGUAGCUUAUCCAGACAGUCUUUUUCAGCCAACACCAUGACAGACUGUAUCUAAUUCCUCAUGAACAUUACUCACAGGUGGGCAGGGCGCUGGAGCAAAGAGCAGCAGUGUGGCGUCUUCCUGUCAGGGCUGCACCACAUCCUCAAAUGCUACUGAGAUCAUCUCUCUUACAGAACAGAGUCCACAGACUUUCAUUUUGAUUAAACAUUCAAUGCUCUGUUUUGGUAGAUACAAACUGAUUUGAUAGAGAUGUUUCUGAUAGAGACAAGCCUUUCUAGGGGAUGUAGAUUUGUGAACUUGUCAUCCUAACACUGGUUUUGAGUUUGAAAAACCUCUGGGGGGCUCAGCUACUGUUAAGCUUUUAGAUAAGGUCAUCAGGAUAACAUUUUUCUUUCUAAACGAGUUAAUUGAAAAGCUAUCAGGCUAUAUUUUCUAUCUUAGCUGAACAUAAACUGCUAAAUACUAACCUUAACUUUGUAAAAGUGGUUUUGCUUCCACACAGACACAGAUAGUUUUGACCUUGAUAAACCUCAAGUCAGUUUUGAAAUAUCCCUCUGAAUUUCUUUAUCCUGCACUCUAUUAUUUGCUUCUGAAUCAAGAAAUGAGAAACUGGUCAUGACUUUGCUGACCUCAGCCUGACAUGGUAGCACUCAUCUGAGCUUCCUGCAUGUUGACGUCAGAGAAAAAUGUCUGCCACAGAAAUCUGGAAUUGACAAUUUAUUCUUGAUUUGUUAUCUUUUCAGAUCAAACACAACUCAGCAACCAUGCCAUCAGAACUAGAGAACGCCAUGGAGUCACUCAUCAAGGUGUUCCACAAAUACGCCUCCAAGGAAGGCCGGAGCGGCACACUGAGCCGACGUGAGCUCCGGGAGCUGAUGGAGAACGAGCUGUCUGGCUUCCUAAAGGUGAGAACAUGUGAAAUACAUAACCACAGUGUCAAGAAUUUGCAUACAGUUUUACUUUAUUAUUUUUAUAGCAUCUUAAGAAGUUGUAUGAAACCACAGAGCACGAAUAUGAGUUCUCGUCUUUGAAUAAUUAUCUUUUUCUACUUUUGAAAACAGGUGCAAAUUUUAUCUCCGUUACUCCUCUGGUAGAUUUUUCAGCAGUAUGACUUGUGGUUUGUUUAUUCAGAGACAGGCGUGAAAUAUACUACUACUUAUUCCUUUACAUGAUCGAAAUAUAUGACUGUGAUUUUCAGUUUUUCUUUAUUAUCUCAUACUGACUUAUUCUUGAUGUUGCCCCUGCUUCCAUCUCUCUUUUAUCUCAGAGUCAGAAGGACCCUGCUGCUAUAGACAAAAUCAUGAAGGACCUGGAUACCAAUGGUGACGGCCAGGUAGACUUUGAAGAGUUUGUUUCCCUGGUUGUUGGACUUUCCAUUGCCUGUGAGCAGUGCUAUCAGAUGCACAUGAAAAAGGGGAAGAAGUAA